AUGGCCGACGACGUGAGAGGCGACAUGACUCUCGACGAGUACGAAUUCCCAACAUCCCGCCUUCGCCGCCGGAUAGAAGACCCAGAGCGUACUCCGCUGGUCCUCAUUGCUUGCGGUUCCUUCUCGCCAAUUACGUUCCUCCACCUGCGCAUGUUCGAAAUGGCGGCCGACUAUGCCCGCUUCAACACACAAUUCGAAGUCGUCGGCGCAUAUCUCUCAUGUGUCGGCGACGCAUACAAGAAGACAGGUCUUGUCAAGGCCGAGCAUAGAAUCAACAUGUGCACACUGGCAGUACAGCAAAGCAGCUGGAUAAGCGUGGACCCAUGGGAGGCAUUGCACAGCGAAUACUUGGAGACGGCCAAGGUGCUGGACCAUUUCGAUCAUGAGAUCAACGAGGUCAUUGGCGGAGUAGAGACACCGGUGGGAAAGAAGAAGUGCAGGAUUGCGUUGCUCGCAGGCGCGGACUUGAUCCAGACGAUGAGCACGCCAGGUGUGUGGGCCGAUAAGGAUAUUGAUUAUAUCUUGAGGAACUUUGGUGCAUUCAUUGUUGAGCGAACCGGCACCGACAUCGAUGAAGCGCUCUCAACUCUCCAGGCGUGGAAGGACAACAUCUGGGUCAUCCAACAGCUGGUCCAGAACGACAUAUCAUCCACCAAGAUCCGACUGUUCCGUAGGCGAGACAUGUCGAUUCGAUAUCUGGUGCCGGAGCAGGUUGUCAACUACAUCGAGAUGCACAAUCUCUACGAUGAAGAUGGUGCCGCAAGCACGAAUAGCGACAAGGGCAAGGAGAAGAAGGCCGGGGAGAGCUCUGGUGUUGCCAGCUCGAGUAAGGGCUGA